CGAUAGACACAAAACGUAUAUCAAACGAUAGAUUAGCAGCUGUGCAAUUGUAAUCAGAAAAACAAAUUCUCGCAAGAUUAAUUAUUAAAAUGGCACAAGAUAUGCUUCUCGGCAAUGAGGAGCCCAGCACCAGCAAGGAGACAUUCUUACAACAGUUCUGUGUGCUGGCCAAGAACGCAACCGGCGAAGCUCUGCUCGAUGUCAUCAAACAAGUGCUUGACGCGCCGAACGUCUUUGUUUUCGGCGAAUUAUUAGCGGAACCCAAUGUAGCCGAGUUGAAGGACGGCCCCGAUGCCAAGUAUUACAAUACACUGAAUCUGUUCGCCUACGGCACCUACAAACAGUUCCGUGCUCAGCAGCAGGAUUACAUUGAGUUGACACCGGCAAUGCAGAAGAAACUACAGCACUUGACCAUCGUAUCGCUGGCCAUCAAGACCAAAAGCAUUCCCUAUGCAGUCCUAUUAAAUGAACUGGAAAUCGACAACGUGCGCCACCUUGAGGACAUCAUCAUUGAGGCUAUCUACGCAGACAUCAUACACGGAAAACUGUUUCAGAACACGCGCAUUCUGGAGGUGGACUAUGCUCAGGGGCGUGACAUCCCUCCGGGUUACACGGGUAAGAUAGUAGAGACUCUGCAAGCAUGGGUCAACUCCUGCGACGGGGUUUCCAACUGCAUUGACAUGCAGAUCAAGUAUGCAAAUACCGAGAAGGCAAAACGCUUAUACAACAAGGAGCGCAUUGAGCAAGAGCUUAUCAAUCUAAAGAAGGUGCUGAAGAGUCAGGCCUCUGACAGUGAUGAGAGCAUGCAAAUUGAUACCCAUGGACCUGGUCCCAGUGGCAGUGGCGGCAUGAAUCAACAGGAACUGCGCAAGAAGCCGACAAAGAUGAAGAAUCCUCGCAGUGGUGCGGUUGGUCUCAAGUUCAGCAAGUGAGUGCAGGCCAGCCGAGUGCCAAACAGCAGCCCAUCCAAGCCCAAUGCAGCCUCGCGCGGCAGCUGAGAUCUGUUGUAAACGGACAACCAUUGGCACAUUCGGCAAUCCAAAUAGGAAUCGUUGGAAGACUUAUCACAGCCCUAGCACUCAUUAGUCAUUAAAAUUAUCUACAAAUAAAAGAAAACUUCAUCAAAUA